UGUUGCAGGGUUUGGUUCGCAGGGUGGUUGGUUUGGUUUUUGGUUCGGUUUUUUUUUUUCCCCCCUCUUUUCUUCUCCUCCUCUCCUUCUCCCUCCCUCUCCUUUGGCCCAUCGCAUGCUCGGAUCCGGCUGGAUCCUUUCCUUUAUUUUCGGCGGUGCCUCUCGGAGGGGGAAGGGAGAGCUGGGAUGAGUGCAGCCUGACGCACCGCCGAGGGGAGGGGGGCACCGCCGGCAGCUGCGGCGGAAUCGUGGCCACCGGCUGCGGGCGAGGAAGCGAAGGGGCUCGCUCAGUGCUUUCCCCCUUUCUUCGCCCCUCUCCUUCCUCCCUUCCUUUCCUCCUUCCUUCCCCCAUCCGUCUCCUGCCGGGAGAGCGCGUGCAGUGUAUUAACACUGCAAGGUGUGCGUGAAGGAGAAAGGAGGGAAGGACUCUCCCGGGAGCCGGGGCUGCCCCGGUGUUCCCCCACCUUCUCUCUCUAUGUGACCCCCAUCCCCGCGGCUGGAUGGCGAUAGACCGGCGCCGGGAGGCUGGCGGCGGGGUCCGGCCGCUGCCGGAGGAGAACGGCUCUGUGCCGGGGGCUGCGGGGGGGAUCUCCGCCGCCGUCCCCCCGGGGCCACCCCCAGCCAGCGCCCCCGGGGCUGAGAUCCAGGCGGUGCCGCCGCCCCCCGCCGCCGCCUGCAGCCCCCUGCUCCUCGACUACGACGGCUCCGUGCUGCCCUUCCUCGGGGGGCUGGGCGGCGGGUACCAGCGCACCCUGGUGCUGCUCACCUGGGUGCCGGCCCUCUUCAUCGGCUUCAGCAAGUUCUCGGACUCCUUUCUCCUGGACCAGCCCGAUUUCUGGUGCCGGGAAGCGGACGGGCAGGGCAAUUGGAGCGGGUCCCUGGCUCCCAGCCAUUCCAACCGCAGCGGCAACAGCAGCUUCUUCCCCCCGGCCGGGCUGCCCACCCCCGCGGGGGGCAACGCCAGCGAGUGCGACUGCCACGAGUGGCACUACCGCAUCAGAGCCGGCCUCGUCCAAAACGUCGUGAGCAAGUGGGAUCUUGUUUGUGAUUCUGCCUGGAAAGUCCACAUUGCUAAAUUCUCCCUGCUGGUAGGAUUAAUCUUCGGCCACUUAAUAACAGGAUGUAUAGCUGACUGGGUUGGUCGACGGCCUGUACUGCUCUUCUCUGUCAUAUUCAUUUUGAUAUUCGGAUUGACUGUGGCACUCUCAGUGAACGUGACCAUGUUCAGCACACUCAGGUUUUUUGAGGGGUUUUGCCUGGCUGGAAUAGUCCUCUCCCUGUACGCACUGCGAAUAGAGCUCUGUCCUCCUGGGCACCGGUUCAUGAUCACCAUGGUGGCGAGCUUCAUCGAAAUGGCAGGGCAGUUCCUCAUGCCUGGGCUGGCUGCGCUCUGCAGGGACUGGCAGGUCCUUCAGGCUGUCAUCAUCUGUCCUUUCCUGCUGAUGCUGUUCUACUGGGUUAUUUUCCCAGAGUCCCUUCGGUGGCUGAUGGCUACACAACAGUUUGAGGCAUCCAAGGAACUGAUCCUUCAGUUCACGCACAAGAACAGAAUGAACACGGAAAGCGACAUCAAAGGAGUGGUGCCUGGGCAUAGGAUGGACGAAUCAGUGCAUAGGAUGGACGAUGCUGUGGGAAUGAAGCUGUUAUCUGUUCCUCAUUUGUUGCAGAAUUUGGAAGAGCUGGAAAAGGAGAUCACCAGGAGACCAAAGAAAGUCUGCAUUGUUAAAGUGGUGGGAACCAGGAACUUGUGGAAGAACAUCGUAGUAUUAUGUGUGAACUCGCUGACAGGUUACGGCAUACACCACUGUUUUGCAAAAAGCAUGAUGGGACAUGAAGGAAAGAUGGCAAUUACCCACAACUUCUAUGCGGACUACUACACCAUGGCUGGAAUUGCACUGGCAUCCUGCCUGGCCAUGUGCCCGGUGGUCGGGUUUCUGGGGAGGAGAGGAGGACUCCUGCUUUUCAUGAUCCUUACAGCUCUGGCAUCACUUCUACAGCUGGGCCUUCUCAACUUGAUUGGAAAAUACAGUCAACUUCCAGACUCAGGUAUGAGUGAUAGCGUCAAAGACAAAUUCUCUACUGCAUUUUCCAUCGUGGGUAUGUUUUCUUCUCAUGCGGUUGGAAGCCUCAGCGUGUUCUUCUGUGCUGAAAUCACACCCACGGUAAUCAGGGGAGGUGGGCUGGGGCUGGUCCUGGCCAGCGCAGGCUUCGGCCGCCUGACCGCCCCCAUCAUGGAGCUCCACAACCAGAAAGGCUACUUCCUCCACCAUGUCAUCUUCGCCUGCUGUACGCUCAUCUGCAUCAUCUGCAUCCUGCUGCUGCCGGAGAGCAAGAACCAGAACCUGCCUGAGAACAUCCCAGAUGGGGAACAUUACACCCGGCAGCCCCUCCUGCCGCACAAGAAGGGGGAGCAGCCCCUGCUCCUGACAAACUCUGAACUCAAAGAUUACUCUGGCCUCCAUGACUCAGCAGCUGUGAGUGAUGGGAUCUCGGAGAACACCACUGCCAACGGGAUGAAGUCAAUGUAACCGGGUGGAUUUUUCUUCCUUCUUUUUUUUUGGUUGGGUUUUUUUUUUCCCUUCUCUUUCUUUUGUAUUUUAUUUGAUGCUGUUGUGCAGGAGGAACAGCACUUUGGGCAAAGGUGUUUUGCACAGAUUUUACAAACCAGUGAUGGAGCAGACACAGACUUGGGAGAAUUCAACUCUGCUGCUAAAGCAACUUUUGGCAUCUUCAGCUGUUGUGCAGAUUGCUCUUGAAAAAGUCCUGGGGGAAAAGACUCAUCUGAGAAAAGACCUGGCUGGAGGUAGCCCUUCAGAACUCUUUUUUUCCUGCCAUUAAAUAUGUAUAUUUAUUUUGAUUUAUUCUCAAGAAGCACUUUAUUUCCUUGUCCUUUCAUAGAUUGCAAAAAUGAAGCCAUCUUAUUAGAAGAGGUGCAGCCAUUCCAAGAAAGAAACCAUGGGGGGGGGGGUGUGUUUUCUAUUUUGUUUUUGUGUUUCUUUAAGGGAAAGAGGUAUCCACCGCAAAGUUGAAUUGACUGAAAUUUAGACUUGUGCAACAUUCUUCUGCCUGUCUAGAAAGUCAAAGCGCCCAGGUUGUCUGCUGUGCUUGUAUACACCAAAAAAAAAAAAAAAAAAAAAAAAAAAAGAAGAAAGAAAGCAAAACCUGUUGUGACUCAAACUCUGACUGCAUUUCAGGCAGCUUAUGUUUGUUUUUAUAGCCCAUGUGCACUUAAAAGUUACUUUCUAAAUUAGUACCUUUUUUUUCCACCAAAUGCAGUGAAGAACAUCCUACCCAAACAAGCUGAUUUUUCAAUGAAAAUCAGCCUUCUGCAGUUUAAGAGUCCAUUACUCUAUUUCAGAAGUUCCCGCUGGUGUGUAAUAGUAAUGUAGAUGAUGUAAAUGAUGCAAAAAAUUAAUUUUGCUCGGAAUGGCUUUAAUUACCAGGAGGCCCAUACUCUUUGAGUGACUGCUCCAGGAGGAGAACAUAGACCAGCAAGGACAAAAACUUAAGGAGCAUGAGCUACAAUCUGUACAUUUAUUCCAAAAGGCAGCACAGCUGGGAUUCCUGCUCCUGGGAAAUGAGUGUCCUGGCAUUGCCUUACCUGGUUUGGGUUUUCAAUUUAAAUGGGCAAAAUGCUUAAAUGACUAUUGGAAAGGAAUGAAUUGAUAGCCUGUAAAUAAUGGCUUACGGUUUGCUAUUGGCCCAUUUGGGGCUUUUAAAGAAGUGAACUCACACAGGUUUCCCCUCUUCACCAACUGCUCUUGUAGGAUUUUCAUUCAGAAAAAAAAAGUUUAAUUAAAUUGGAUCAAUCCUACUCUAGGCUGAGCAAAGUGAACAUCGAAGUGUCUCCUAAUGUGCAGAUGGCACUUUGAUAGUGACCACUUGAAUUCUCUCCUCCAGUCCCCAUGCCAACUAUUUCCUUUGGCCAUUGGCUUUUGGUUCUCACUGUGUGAAUAUUGUGAGUAUCUAGUUCAAUGCAAGGACUUUGUAAACAAAGAGCUUUCUUGCAUUGUAGUUAACCUCCCUGCUCUCCCUCCCUCUUCUCCUUUGUCACUCAGGCCAUCCAUUUGUGAUUGCUCAGUAGUGCAGACGUUCAAACAAACAGAGCAGCAGGAUGUUGAUGUUGUAUUGAGUGUCUAUAUGAUUGCCACUUUGUUUGAUGUACAUCUUGCAUUCAUAUGUAUGGAAAGCGCUCAUUUGCACUUUCCGCCUCUGCCUUCCCUUCCCCUUCCUCCUUUGCUGUAUAUAUUGUCUAUUAACUACUGUACCUAACAAUUUCCAUCUUCCACUAGGCUGCCAAUGUCCUCAUACAGGCCCCAGUAAAUCAGAGAUACGUGCUCCCUGGCGGGCGAUGCAGUAAGUAGCGCAGCCUCAGACACUGACAAGUGCAAGGGGACAGGUAGACCUGCAGAAGCAACAGAGAUUAUCCUGUUCAGAGUAACAAUGUUGUCCUAAAGCUGCUAAUUUUUGUACAGAGGAUGUGGACAUUUAGGUUCUUUGUGAGCCUGGUAAGAAACACUGGACCAGUUGAUGGUAGUUUUGCCCAAAGUUAUACUACUGUGUUUAUUUCACCUUUGCUAUGCUGUCUGUGACAGCAAGAGCCCAAUCUUCCUUACGCUCGAGUUUUAUUGUGAAGCUGGAGCACAGCUGCUUCUCUUUUUUGUUCUGCGCUGAGACUUUAGCAGUCUGUGUUCACCUGAGGGAAAACCCAGGCCUUCCCCAUUCAUGCAGUAUUCACGUGCCAAAUUUGUGCAAUACCUUUUGCCUUCGAUACGAGAUGCUUGUUGCAAGUCAGACACAUUGGGUUGGGGGGAAGUGGGUUCACAACAAAAAACUGGAGAAGCAAAACCAGUCUUAAGGGAAGAGAAAAAGGGCCUGAAAGCAGAGGAGGAGGGGCGAGCACAGGGGUGGAGAGGCUCGCAUGGCAUCCUGCCAUCCAUUGUGCCGUGGAGCCAGCAGCUCCUUCAUCCAUGGUCUC